ACAAAACAAAAUUUCAUUCGUAUUUCCUUCAUUUGAACUUUCCUCCAGGGAAAUUAAUGAGAUUUAAAUUAAAAUGGAUCUCUCUGAAAUAAUUGCACUCGAUCCAAAUUAUCUCAAUGAUGAAGUAAAGGAUGAAAUAUUUAAUGCACUUAUUGGAAUAAAAAACAUCGAUGAUGUUCCUAGGAAGAACUUGAGGAAAAUUCUUUAUGUCUGUUUGGCCAUAAUGAAACACAAAGGAGAACAAGUGGAUAAUUUACAAGAGCAGUUGGAAACAAAAACUCAACCCGACAGUGGAGAUGAUUCCCGUAGUGACCGAGCUCAGGAAGAAAAUGAAAAACUCCAACAAAUGGUCAAUAAAUUGGAAGAAGAAAAAAGUUCCUUCAAAAUGAAGAUAAAAGAGAUGAACGAGGAAAUAAACCACUUGCAGAAAAGAUUAACAGAAGCAAUGCAUUCAGCUGAAAGUGAUAAGGAUUCAUCGGAUCCGUUAUCAGAGUUAGAUCGACAAGAAGAACUUCUCAAGAACAUCAAUGUGAAAAAUAAGCACAUUAAGAGGCUAUUAAGAGAAAUCGAGGCACUUCAAGUAUCAAACAUUGAACAAUCGAAAGAUAUAAUUGACUUGGAAAAACGCCAUCAACAAGCUAAAAUUCAAGUUCAGGAGUUGAGUUCUAAAGUUGCUCUUCUGGACGGUGAAAAUAAAGCUUUAAAGGAUAGCGUGAAUGAACUCAAUGCAGAACUAACAAGAUUAGAAGGAAAUAUAACUUAUUUGGAGGAUGAACGAGAAAAAUCAGAAGCUGAUUUGAAAAGCAUUAUUGAACAACUCGAGACAAAAGCGAAAUCAUGGCAGUUAGCAAUUAGUCAGAAGGACAAAGAAAUCAAAAAGCUCAAAUCGAAACUCAUUACCGUUAAGGAUGCUUCAUUACAAGAAGAAGUUGAAAUUAGUGAGAGAGAAACUGAAAGUGCUGAGGAAUCAACAAGAAUGAUGCAUGCAAUUGAAGCUCGGGAUAAAAUUAUAGAGAAGUUGGAGUCCAAAAUCAAAAGUAUGGCUGAAGAGAUGAUUUCAUCUACACAUCUAAUGAACAAGAUAUCCUCCGAACGUGAGGAUGAACGUUCAAUGAAAUCCAAAAAGUCACGUUCGUGUUGUGAGAGCAUCGAAGAAAGCUUAAGUGCAGCAAAUAAACGAUGCCAAGAACUUUCGGAACUUCUUGACAAAUGUGAAGAAGAUAAUUUGUUAAAAUCAAAACAAGCAUCCCAGGCUAUUAGAGAUCUAGAAAAUUAUCAACAAGGCAAAGACGGUUUACCGAAUGCAUUGAAGAAAAUUGGUAGCUUGGAACAGAAGUUAUCAGCUCGAGAGAAACAAAUACGUGAACUAGUUUUUGAACUUAAUUCAAUGCACGAAAUAUCUGAUGAGAAUUUGCUGCUCAGGAAAAAACUUAAUAUUGAAGAUGAUGUUAUUAUAAUAGCAAAGAAUCGAGCUGCGAAAGAAAGAAGUAAGGAUAAGCAAAUUGAUAGACUGACCUUGAAAUUGAGAGCAUCAGAGGAAAUGAGGUUGCAAUUGAAACUUGAAAAGAGUGAUUUGAGGAAACAACUUAUUGAACUUCAAAAAUCCCAACCCGGUCCUUUAUCACCAAAGCAAUAUAUAUCAGAAAAUUCACCAUCUAAGCCAAGGCCGGAGAUUUAUUGUGAUAACUGUCUUAAAAGUAUCACCGUUCUUCCAGAUAAUGAUAUCAUCAUUCAAGAUGUUAUAAAAGAGUGGGAAACUAAAUAUUAUGAUGUUGUUGAGGAGAAUGAAAACCUUCGAAUUGGAAUGCAAGAUAUUCUUGAAAGAAUUAGAGAAUAUGAUGAAACUUCCGAUCAUAUCACAAUUGAUUGUGAAAUUCUGGAGCGUCUCUUGAAUUCUCUGGGUACUGGAAGGGAAGUUAGUGUGUAUAAUCCAGUGAUGCGGAUUCAAAACGAAAUUGCAACUCUAAAAGAACGUGAGUAUGCCUUGCGAGAGAAGAUUAAUGCUGCUCAAACAGAGAAUGGUGAACAAUCCCAAAACGAAUCAAUCGAUGAAGUUAGAGAAGCUGGUGAACUAGCAGGUAGUCCUAUUCCAUCACUUCCAUUAAAUCCAAUAAGUAGCUCCACAAGACCAACGACUCCUAAUAUGACAUUGGAUCAAUCACUUUAUCCAGUCAUUGUUGAAGCUGACAUUGAACACGAAUCGAUGAAGAAAGAAUUCUUGAAAACUCUUGAAAAGAAUCGAUCUCUACAGCAGGAGAUUCAGCGUUUACAAGUUUUUCAAGUUCAAUUCGAAGAACUCUCAUCUCAGAUGAAUGCUUCGGAUAGCGACGUUACCAAGUAUUGCUCAGUAUUGGUUGAAAAAAUUGCUAGCUUAGAAAUUCAAUUGAAUUCAAAAAUCAAAACUUUUGAUUUUCUUAAGGAUGACUUUGAUCGAAUACUAAAUGAAACUAAAGCAUCGGAAAUGAGAAAUAUGGCUUUGAUAGCUGAACUCAAAAAACAAGUUAACGAUCGCAAGAUUGAUAUAAACCGUUUUAAAUCAGAAAACGAAGAGCUGAAGAAGAAGAAUUCUAUUUGCAAUCCAGAAGAGUAUGGGGAAAUGCAGAAAACACUUUUUGGCUUGCAAUCACAAUUAGCUUUUCUAAUGGAUCAGAUUUUGUCAGGAAAGGUUCCUGAUAUUAAAAUCGAUGCAAUUUGUGCUGAUUAUGGGAUUAUUCAGGAAAAUCUUGAGAUAGAUUUUCUUACUAUUGAAGAAUAUGAAGAAUUUCAAAAGCAGAAGAUAGAACUUGUUGGAGCUAAGAAGGAUCUUCAAACUAAAUGCGAGCACUUAGAGGGUUUGCUUGAGAUUUCAAAUGAACAGGUGAUGUCCCAGCAAAAACUUCUUACUGAAAUCACAGAUAACCACAUAAAUCUUCGUCAUCUAGUUGCCGAUCUACAGAGUUCUAAUGAGGAUAAAUUCUUGAUAGCAAAGACUCAACGUGAUUUGGAUAGCGCGAGAAAAGAAAUAAUUUCACUUCAAUUCGAGAAAGAAAAACAUAAAAAGAAUGAAGAUACUUUAAGGAGCGACUACAAAGCAAAAGUAAAAGAGAUUGAAGAUCUUAAACAGAACUUCCAAAAUAUAAUGAAGAACAACGAAAUCAAACAAAAGUUUCUUCAGAAAUCCUUGAUGAACUUACGCCAAAAGUACUUUAAAUUCACUCCAUUGAUAUUUGUAUCGAACUUUAUUUAUGCAUAUUCCAAAUUUACAAAGCGUCUUCGAGAUGAAGAACUUAAAAUGCAAAAUCAAAUUUCGAUGCAGAUUGAUCAAAUUUUAGCUUCCAAAAUACAAAGUUCAAACGAAACAGACAACAAUUCUCAAGAUAUGAUAAAACUUGUUAAGACUGAAACAAAAGCCAAAUAUUUUGAAGAUCAAGUUCAGACAUUGAAUGAUAGGAAUAUAGCACUUCAAAUUGAAAUUGAUAAACUGUGUCUAUCAAUUGUUAAGGAAGAUGAGCAUUGGAAGACAAUAGAGGCUUUGUUUGGUAAAGAACAUCAAACAGCAGAGUUUAUUGAACAAUUAACUCAAACUGAAGCUAUUGAACUUAACGAUUCAAGCACAAACACUGAACCUGAUGAUGAAAGACAGAGUAAUAUCCCAGUUAUUCCAAAGGUUGAUAAAAACCUCUCGCCUAUAGACACUCCAAAGAAAGAAAAAGUAGAAGUGGAAGUCACUCAUUCAGAGGCUCAGACAAAUCCAAUUGAUAUGGCAAAUAAGCAGACGUCUCCUAUCAGAACGACUAUUGAAAAACCAGAGAAUGCAGAUAAGCCGCUCCUGGGAUCUCAAGGUGUUCAGACAUCACCAAUAAAGGAGGUCACAGCACCAGAUUUAGCAACUCAGGCAGUCCAGACUUCACCUACCAAGAAUCCGGAAGGUAAAAAGGAUUCCCAAGCGGUACAGACUUCACCGCAAGCGUCACCAAAACAGCAACAACCCUUAGAAUCUACCGAAAAAGUUCAAGAUUUAGAGAAAAAGUUAUCCGAAUCGGUUUCAUUAGCUGAAGAAAGGAAAAUCGAAUUGGAAAAGGCUGAGUUGAGGAUCAUUGAAUAUUCAAAAAAUAUAGAAGAGAUGGACAAAAAGUUUAAAGAUCAGGAAGAGAAGCUGCAACUGCAAAAGUCAAAAUCAAAUAACCCAGAGGAGAAAGAAAGCACCCAAAUUGGAAUUAUUGAGAAAACCAUAUUGUCUUUCCACACUCUUCUUUCGGAGAAGGACAAAUCCAUAACCAAAUACCAGGAACUAUUGACUUCCGAACGAACCGAAAACGACGAAGCUUGUGCUAAAUAUGAAAAGACUAUUGAGUCCCUUCAAAAAACAAUGAAGGAUUUUAAUGAAAAUAUCAGAGCCAAAGAUGAAGAAAUUCUAGAACUGAAAAGUAAAAUACAAGCUUUUCGAGGAUCUGAAAAAGAAAAGCUUGAAAUUGGUGUAACAGGUACUGAUGACAAUGGUGAUAAUAGUUUACAGGAAAUUUCAGAUGAAAAGAUUGAGGAAAUGUUUAAUGAUGAUGCUGUGAGUGAGCUUUCAGAAAAGAAGGCUACGGAAGUUACAAGAGAUUUGUCAAUGGAAUUAAAGAACAAAGAGAAAUAUUGGGAAAAUUCUUUGAGAGUUAAGGAAGAGGAAAUUAUUUUAUUAAAAGAGAAGCUUCAUCUUUGUAAAGAAAAGGAGAAGACUGAUUGUGGAGCUAAUUCUGAAAUCGAACAGCUGAGAAUUCUAUUGGAGGAAAAAGAUAAACACAUCAAUGAUUUGAUGGACACUCUCAGCAAUUUUCAUGAUGAUCAACAGCGGUUUUUCAACGAUUCAUCUACCUAUUCAGCAGAUCAAAUAUCUCAACUUGCAGCCAGUCUUACACGUUCUGAAGCCACAAACAAAAUCUAUCAGGCACAGCUGGAAGCCUUACGUCGCCAGCUUAACAAUCUCAAUCAAAGAGAAAAACAAGCUCGAGACUUGAACAAUUCUCUCCGAAAUCAAUUGAUCAAGCGACCAGUGGUUUCUAUAAAAACCGAACUCAAUGCUCGCUUGAAAACUGAAAAUCUUCAGAAGAAAGUAUGCCAAUUGGAAACUGAACUUGAGGAGGCACAACUUCAAAUUAAACGCCAACAAGUGGUUAUCGAUGCUAAGCGGGCGAAGAGUAAUAAUGAAGUUGGCCUUUGGGAAAAGCAAAAACGAUGGCAGCAAACUGCUGAAAAAUACAAAACUAAAUUUGAAGAGACAGAAACUGCGCUAGAAAAGCAAAAGGCUUUAUUGCAUUCAGCUAGAACGACGAUAGCUCGUUUGGAAAAAGACAAACAAGUUCUCGAGUCUAGAGUGGGAAAAGCCCCGAAUGCUUUAAAAUGUUGUCGUACACCAUCAUGUCCGAAUCUUCAAGGCACCAAGUAUACUCCAUCUGAGACUCCAGAGACCUAUACUGGUGGCAGUGAUAGUAGUAGUCCAGCAAGAGGGAUGCAUUUUCUUGGUGGUAACCACAAUGAAUUGAUUGAGGCUUUGAAGGCGAGAAUAGAGAUGCAACAGAGGAAGAUUAUAGCCAUGGAAAUGGAGGGAAAAGGAAGUAAUGCUCUAACUACUGAACUGGAAAAAAUCCAAGAGAAAUAUUCGGCUAUUGAAGCCCAAAAUAUACGGCUAGAAGCUAGAAAUCUUCAACUACAACUUGACAAUGAUAUGCUGCGCCAAGGCGAUUCUGGCGAAAGGAUGCAAAAACGGUUAAAACACCUGGAAGAUUACAUAAUUGCUCUGAAGGAAGAACUAGCACAAGCCGAGGCUAGACGACAAUUGAACUUCGAACCGAAGCAAGACAGAAAGUAUGCGCCCGGUCAAGCUGAACAGACAAUACUUUCUUUGAGGAGUAUCAUUGAAAAGCUAAGAGCAGAAAAUAGAUACUUAAAAGAGGGAUCGAGGCCAAUCGACAUGAGGGCCAAAGAAGCUCCGACGGAACUAACAAGACUUCAAAGUAUGUACACAGAAUCUCUAGACAAAAUUUCAGCUCUACAAAUAGAACUUCAGCUAAAAGCUAGAUGCCAAAAUUGUGGAAACAAGGGUCGUCUAGAAGCAUCUACAAAUGAUGAAGUUCGUUUUAUAAAAGAUCAACUCUUUAAAAAAACACAGCUUUUGGAAAAGGCUAAAAUCUUACUUACUCGAGCUGCUGCCAAAGAGAAAAUUCUUAAGGAACAGCUAUCUUUGUGGAAAAGAAAGUGUUCUGAAUUACAAAAUGUUCCAGUCAUUGAUGAAAUAAGUGAAUAAGAGAAGACGUUAAAUCUUCGUUUUUGUAAUUUGUUUUAUUGUAAAAUAUAUAUAUGCGUAUUUUUGGGUUGAGCUUUAAUGUUGUA